UGUGUGUGAGAGCAGUGGUGUGUGUGUGUGAGCAGUUGUGUGUGUGUGGCGAUGCCUCUCCAGUGGGAGCAGCCGGGAAAGCCUCGGUGAGGGAGGGCAGGGAGUUGGAGGAGUUGCCGGUGGCCGGAGCCAUGGGCAAUGCUAUGAGGAGCCGCUGCCCCUGUGUGGGCCGCCUGUGUCCGUGUUUCUUCGGUCACAACAAGAGGGACGGGCGCCCCCCGCCCCCGCCCGAGGUCAUCGUGAACCACGCUCUGAACGUUCAGAAGCCUCUGCCGCCGCUGCCCACCCGCGGCGCCGCGGACACCCGCAGGACCGUCUACGUGGCUCUGUUCGACUACGCAGCCCGCACCGAGGACGACCUGAGCUUCCUGGCCGGAGACCAGCUGCAGGUGAUCGACCAGUCGCUGGAGACCUGGUGGCUCGCCAAGUCCCUGAAGCCGGGCAGGACCCGCCAGGGCUACAUCCCCAGCAACUAUGUGGCUCUGGACAACAGCAUCGAGGCUGAGCCAUGGUUCUUUGGAGGAAUCAAGCGAUUGGAUGCAGAGAAGCAGCUGCUAAUGACUGGGAAUAGAGAUGGCUCCUUCAUCAUCCGAGAAAGCGAAAGCAAGACCGGAGACUAUUCCCUGACAGUUCGUGAUAGAAACACUGUGAAGCAUUAUAAAAUCCGACAGUUGGAUGAAGGUGGAUAUUUUAUCGCAAGGAGAGCAACAUUUAGUACUUUGGCAGAACUUGUCAACCACUAUCUGAAGACCCAAGAUGGCUUGUGUGUAAAACUUAACACUCCAUGUCAGAAGCUGGAAACGCCAGUCACUGAUGGACUAUCCUACAACACCAUAGAUCAAUGGGAAAUCGCUCGGAACUCUCUGAAAAUGGUGAAAAAACUAGGAGCUGGGAUGUUUGGAGAAGUGUGGCAAGGUGUUUGGAAUGGCACAACCCCUGUUGCUAUUAAAACGCUGAAAACUGGUACUAUGGCCAAAAAGGAUUUCCUACUUGAGGCACAGAUAAUGAAGAGGCUAAGACAUCCGAAGCUUAUUCAACUCUACGCUGUUUGCACUGUCGAAGAACCAAUUUACAUUAUUACUGAAUUGAUGAAGAAUGGCAGUUUGCUUGACUACUUGCAUAAAGAUGGUGGACAAAAUUUGAAGAUAAAUGACUUAUUAGAAAUGGCUGCACAGGUGGCAUCAGGGAUGGCAUAUCUGGAAGUGCAGAAUUACAUUCAUCGGGAUUUAGCUGCCAGGAACGUGCUGGUUGGAGAAAACAACAUCUGCAAAGUGGCUGACUUUGGUCUUGCUCGGGUCUUUAUGACUGAAGAUGAAAAUGUUUAUGAAGCCAGAGAAGGAGCAAAGUUCCCUGUAAAAUGGACUGCACCAGAAGCCAUCCAUUCAAGCAAAUUCAGCAUCAAAUCUGAUGUGUGGUCCUUUGGAAUACUGCUAUAUGAAAUAGUGACUUAUGGGAAAAUGCCAUAUCCAGGAAUGACAAAUUAUCAAGUUAUUCAGGAGCUUGGGAAAGAAUACCGAAUGCCAUGCCCUGACACUUGCCCCUUGCCACUGUAUGAAAUCAUGCUGGAUUGCUGGAAAGACAAAGACUAUGAACGGCCAACAUUUGAGACACUACAAUGGAAACUGGAGGAUUUCUUCGAAACUGAUCUUUCAGCCUAUACAGAUGCUAAUGCUUUUGUUAGUUAAUAUACAGGAUGAGUGCCAAUAGCUCAGUGGUUAAUUUAGACAGAAUUGAUUACAAAAUAUCAACAUUUUAGUUUCACUGAAGUGAAGAAUUAGAAAACAUUUUAUGGAGUACCAUAUGUUGACUGGUGGCGUGGCCACUUGCAACCAUACAAGCACAAGACAAUCCAUUCCAUAAACUUCUGAUUGACCAUCUAUCCAUUAUUUCCCAUGAUAUAUACAAGGCCUUGUUUCUGUUCAUGGAGAAUGCCUGGCAUUGCCUCAAACAGCCAAACGGCAUGUUUGAAGGGUGCAAUAGCAGAAUGGGCAUCUGAGGUCAGAAAUGAAUAAUUGUUGGAAACAUCCAAUUCCGACACAAUGCUUUUCUAAUUUAGUAGGAUUCAGUCUUCACAACCUGAGAAUAAUUUUGUUUCCCCUUACAAAUUAUUUCUAUGUUUUCCAUGCGUACAAAAUUUGUAGUAUCAUACGUAACGCUGCAACAUGGAUAUAAUUUGAGUACUCUCAACAUCCUAUUUAUGAUACUGUUCUUAAAAUCUAAGCAGGGUGUAUAGAGCCUUAGUCGAUCAAGCGAUACAGCAUGUAAUGGGUUUUCUUUGCAGAUUUGCUUCUUGGCUUUGAGAUGCAGAUAAAACAAAUCUAAUGAAAAAUAAGACACAAUUUAUCAUACUUUGUAUAAAUUCCUGAAAUCACUGUUUUUUUUGGUUAUUGCAGUUUUUAUUUUGCGUUGAAGGGAGUGAAUGCUUUAAACAGUGGUUGCAUGCAAUUGCAGUGAGGACUCGAGAUGUGAAAUUUACACCUGAUAGCAAAUUGACUGUGGGUUUGAAAAAAUGCAAGAACAAGAUAACUUGCACUAUGCCUGAAAAGUGCCUGUGAUGUAAACUGUCUGCUCUCCAGGGAAACCCCUGGAUGUUCUGUCAACUUGUGAAACCUUUGCUGAAAGAACAACAAUGACAACUUGCAUUUAUAUAGCAACCCUCAAGCAGGAUAGCAUCCCAGAGCGCUUGAAGAAGAUCUUAGUGUGAAUCAGUGUGAAGUUUUCUCAGGAUACAAAGUAAAGUGAAGAGGGAGUAUUCCGUUAUUUCAGAGUAUCUUCCAUUUUAGAAUGCUUAAUGGAGUAUCUUAGGGACAUUACCCAUUUUGAGAAAGGUUUGUUAAAAAAAAACUUGCACAAGACUUGUUUAUUUUAUUCUAUGACAGAUAAUGUAACCUGUAGAAUUUAAGACUAAUAUUCCAAUCAUUGGAUCAAAUGUCCUGCAAAAAAAUCUUCCUGUCGAGGUUUAUUAAGUUAAGCAUACCUUUUGCAUAAGUGCCUUUGUUCAAUCUCGGUUGGAUGUCAAUAGAAUAUUGAAAAAUAAAUGUGAAAUUACAUUUGAAAAUAUAAAUGUCACACUUAAUGUUUCAAAAUGUUUCAUGCUAAUCCUUUUUUUAAGUAUUGGGAUUGUUUGUAUAUCAAAUUAAUUCAAACACUUUUAUUUAAUUUGCUUUUAAUAAGAAAGUUAAGUCAACCUCUAAUGUGCUUUGUAAAAUCAGUUUUCUGUUGCACAUGGGAGCAUGUUUGAACAGUCAAAUCAAAUUGGAGGAUUCUUUUCUACCACUCGCUACUUGGGGUUGAGUGCUCUUGAUAGUGAGGUAAUGAAGUUGUAGUGUGGUCCUAUUCUGGAUUCAACCAUAAAUAUAAGAGAGCUGUGUAAACAUCACAGUAUUUGAUUUUAUUUGUAAUAAGAACUGAAAAAGAAACCUCCAAGGUGUGAUAACAGUAAUAGACUUUCUAUGCAGCAUGUUGCCAAAUUGAAGAUAUGCCGGAUGAUUGAUGGCUUUGACCUUCAGUCUUAUCCUUCAGUCAUCUAGCCUGUAAUUAGUUCAGCAAGACAGAAGUCUUGUGUGUCGAACAAUGCUUCAAUAAUGCAUUAGCCUUUUUUUUAUAAUAUGUUAUCAGAAAUGUUGCACAAAAGUUCCAAAUAAUGACUGAUUUUUUUUGGAAAACUGCUAUUUUGAAUUGAAUGCAAACUUAUUGCACUUCAUUGCAAAUAGGAUUGUGUUCUAAUUUUAAGUUGUUUGUGCCAUGUUAUCACUGAGGCUGAUCACAAUUAAUAUAUUUGUUGAAUAUUACGUUAAGCACAGAACUAAGCUCUGAAGAAAAGUGCUAUUUCUAUAGUUUUUUGUGUUUGUUUAAUCUCUCAUCGAUUCAUGUACGAAUAUGAUGGUUGAAAUUAACAAUUAAAUUGGAUUACAUUUCGGUUUCAUGAUUUAUUUACAUUUGACACCCUAACUCACAAGUUUUAUGUAUGUUCGUUCUUGCUUUGUGAGCCAAUAAACAAAAAUAACGUGUAGUCAUUGACAAAAUGCAAACUGGGUUGAAAGUCUAUUUAUCAAUUGUCAACAUUUCUUUUUAAAUAAAGAUUGACAUUGAUAAAUAUAGUAAAUGAACCAAUGUUCUAUUUUAGCAAAGGUUUCUGUUGACAAUAUGUUAAAUAAAACCAGAGCUUUUAAAGAGUCGUGUCUAUUUCUAGACACUACAAUCAUAAAAAUUUAGCAUUUAGCAUGUUGGGAGGACAUUUCAAAGUACUUAAUAUAUUGGCUAGGCCCUUGAGCUGGGUGGAAGCUGAGUGGGGUAGGGAGGGGAAAGAUGAUAGGAUAGGUGAUAUCAAGCUCGCUGAGAAGAGAGCAGGUAGGAGGGUAGGGUUUGAGGAGGCCACAGAGUUAGAUCAUGGAGGAAUUUACAGGUGCCACUGAGAGUCUGAACUUGAUCCGUUGGGGGAUGGGGAGCCAUUCGAGUUGAGCGAAAAAUUAGACAUAGGCUUGUGGAGUCUGGUGCAGGAAAUGACAAAGGGUGAAGAGUUGCAGAUUGUUUACAUAUUGUGUAGAGAAGAGUUGGGGAAUUUGGUAAGUUAAGUGUUGCCAUUCGUUGUGAAGCCCGGACACGAUAAAUGCAUGGAUUAGCAGCCCAAGACCAAGACAAUGGCAGAGCUGGCUAAUAUCCUCCCAGAGCUGAGCAGGUCAGAGCACGGAUAUGGGUUGUAAAGGACAGAUAGGAGUCAAACAACAUAUUGAGGUUCUGCACUAGUUCCACAAGGUGAAGUGUGCAAUCAUGGAGGUUGACACUGCUGAGUUGAGUAGCUGCUAAUGGGAGCCAAGCAGAAAAGCCUCUGUCUUGUCAACGGGUUCAACUAAAGAAUUAAAUGCUAUUUUUUGAGUUGAGCGAUGAGGGGAAUAUUUUAUUUUUCCCUUGAAUUUGAUAUUUAUCCCUUAAGCAGAUUGCUUCUGAAAUCAAAUGGUUCUACUUUUCUGCAUGGUAUCCUGCUUGUAUAUGACAGCUGCAUAAAAUAUCAUCUUGCAUUAUACUCAAAUAAUAUUAGUAUCCACAAAAGUGACCAGUCACCAUUAUUUCAAAGCUGCUCAUGAUGAUCAUCCACAAGACCAGAUGUUUAGCAAUAUAUUUCUCUACCCGUAAUGUCAUAUUAAUUGAGAGAUAAGCAGACUGAGGACUCUGAUUUAGAACUUGAAUUAGCUCUCAAUAUUGCUGCUUAAAAAAUGCUGAAAGAGUAAAUGAUCUAUCGAUUUGAUCAUUUUCAUCAAACACUAUUUUCUAAACGUGAACAUAGAGCAACCCCAUCCAUUGACCAUAUAGCUUAUAGUGCUGAUGCCCUGUACAUCUGGAAGUGUGGUACACUUACCUUCUGGCCCUGAUUAACUGGCUAUUUGCCAGGUUAUCAAUUUGUCACUGAUGCGACUUUCCUGUGGUGUCAGUGGUGCUUCUUGCACAUGCGCACAAUGCACAGAAGUGAUGACGGCAACGUGAUCAGCUAGAAAUUAAUCGUUAUUUCACUUGUAUUGUGCCUUCUGAGGUGCUGGACUCAGAUAAGUGUACUAUAAUGAGGUUGUCCUUCACAUGGGGAGUGAGCAUCCUCUUCUCAAUGCAUUGACUUGUUAAAUAAAAUUAGUCACUCAUC